AUGGAUCUCCGUUUCUUGAUUGUUCUUUGCGUUUUCGUGGCCCUUGUCCAGGGAUCUGUCAAUGAGGAUAUUGCUGAGGCCGAAGUAGAAGCUCCCCAGGCCGGAUAUCUGCCUGUCGAGGAUGCUGUGGAGCCUCAGCAUGGCCACCAUCACGAGCCGGCUGAGGUGGGCCAUCAUCAUCACGGUGGACACCAUUACCAGGCCCAAGUGCAUCAUCAUGAGCACGGACCCCAUCAUCACCUGGAGUCGCAUCACCACCUGUCAGAGUCCUAUCAUCAACACCACUUGGCUGAGUCGCAUCACCACGUUCUGGGAUCGCAUCAUCAUCAUCUGGAGGCACCUCUGCAUUCAAUCCACGGACACCAUGGGCAUCACGGGCAUUAUGGCCAUCAUGUGAGCCAUUUGCACCACCACCGAAACUGCCAUGCCACCAUCCACUGCCCGAGGACUCAUAGUGCCACCUACGCCACCGAUGGCCACUCCUGCUAUCAUGUGGGAAACGCCUGCGAACUGGCGAUCCUCAACUGCCUGCGUCGCAAUGAAUUGCAGCCAGUUCUGCGACACAUUAGCCAGCAUGAGUGCCACCAUUUGCCCACAGCUCGCAGAUCCCACUAA